UCUAAUGUCAAUGCCUCCACUGCCACUCAUACACAACUUUCCAUUGCUGCAUGAUGUGCAGUUGCGAGUUGGGGUGCUCUUCCAAUCAUGCCCCCGAACAGCUAACAACAAGAAGUCUUUCUUCUUCGUUUCUUCUUCAACUGUUAUAGUUACUGCUAGUUUCAGUGGUGAGAUACUUGUCUGUACACAUUCGUGGAGUAUCAGUGGAAAUGGCAGCGAAUAAAGAGCGAGGCUGGAAUGACCAAGCGACGAACAAAGAGAUAAUUCCAACCAGGAUGCAGAACCCACGCCAUAAGCGCAAACGCAAAGAAUCGGACGACGAAGGUGACUUUCCCGAGGUCGACCUGAGCCAGCUGCAGGUGAACACCCUGCGCCGCUAUAAGCGUCACUUCAAGCUGCAGGUUCGGCCUGGCCUCAACAAGGCACAGCUUGUCGAGGUUGUGUCUCGGCAUUUCUCUAGCAUCCCUGUGUCAUCUGAGCGAGAGAUCUUAGCAUACUUCAUCUUCAUGGCCAAGAGCCAUAAGAGCAAGCUGGACCAUCAGAAGGUUGACUUAUAGUAUCGGCAAGCCGUUGUGUACACCUACGCAACGCUACAUGAAGACUAUUACGUUUGUACAUCUACUGAUAUAUACACAACUACCACGGCGAGAGGCGUGCUGCUUCUAUCUUCGAGAAUGGCCCGCUACCUGUUGUCUUGUAAAUAUACUCGCCCCAUAUGGGCUUUUUUGUUUUUGUCUGCUGUACAUACCGCUUGCCAUGCUUGGGUGGCUGACCCUGUACAAAUUGCUGCCCUUGCGCUAGUUUAGGUAGCUGCACUAUGUUGUGUGUUUGCGUUCAGUGGCUGCUUUCCGACCCUUGUUCUCUUGUAUGGUCCCGGCAGAGCUUGUACAUAUGUCAAUCUUAGGCAUUUCUGCUCAUGUCCUCGAGCUUAGCAUGUCCAUGUAAUGUUACAUUCCCGUUGCUCUUACACUCCCUCCACAUACCUGACAUUGACAUCCCAUGCCGUGCUGGCGUCGUUUUUAAUUAUUUAUUAUUCAUUCUGGCCAUUGUGGUUUUAUCGGUGUUGUUGAUUCCGCCGCUAGCGCUAGCAUAGGCUCUAGUUCCAUGUACUUCCAUGGAUUAUCGUUACUUUGUUGAUCUCUCGUUUUAGUCGUGAGGCCGUGCACUGUCAUGGAUGUACUUCCAAGUAGUUACUGUUUUGGUCUCUCGUUUUCGUCUGAGGUAACUGAGUGCUCGCUCACUACAUUGUAUUCUUGUCCGCUGGUGAUCCGUCUUAGCUCGACUGUACAAUCAUGUACCAUCCUGAGGCGUGGCGUGCAAUAAUUUUGAUUCUUUUGAAUUUUGGCUUGGUGCAACUCUUUGUUAUUUCUCACCGCACGCCUGGAGUAUCCUGUUUGCUGCUACUGAAGCCUUGAAUGUCACUGUGCAUGGAGAGUGUGCUCUGGAAUCAUACUGGUACAUUGCAUGCCACUUCACGUGGUGCUACUGCUAGCUGGUCAUUUGCUCUAGAACUGAAUUGAUAAUGAUAUCCUACAUAGACAACUUUCAA